GAAAAACGUUUCCUUAAACAUUUUUGAUACGACAUUAACUGCAGUUCUUUAUAUGAAUAAAUUAGUUUCUAAAGUUUACAGGAAGGCCUUAUUCACAUUUAUUUAAAAUCAGUAAAAUUCUCACACUCUGUAAUUGUAUUACAAUCAAACAAAGGCCUCCUUCCUGUUUUCUAGUGCAAGCACAAUAAAAUGUAUAUUUUUGUUGCAUAUUUCUAUCCACUCUAUCCCAUUUUGUAAUGCACUUUUUGUCAGUCGCUUCUGCUUUUCAGUCUCAGACAUCUACAAUAUGUAAUAUGCUAUGUGGUUAAUGGCAAGAAUCGUUAAUGCGCUCCGUUCUUGGUUGGGUUUAUGUUUAUUUUUAAGCGCACAGCGGCACAAUGUGUGCAUGUCUGCUAUGCGAUGUGAGAAUUUUUUAUAUCUUUUGCAAUGAAAUUUGCGAUAUUAAUAUACCUGCUACUCUGGUGCGGAUGUAUUGCUCGGCAACAUUUGCCAAACUGUGUGUGUGGGAAUGCAAAAUUCGAAAUGUUCGACGAUUUGCAUGCUUGGGCCUUGAGUUCUGCUGAGUAGUCGCCUAUAUCGCAGUCGUUCUUGCAGCCACGAGUUUGCAUCAGCAGAAGAAUAUUUUUGCUGUGAGGGCUGUAUUUACUUGAUUCAAGCGUGAAUUGCAUUGUUUUAAGAUGAAUGUGGAAAAAUUGAGGCGAUUGCAAUCGCAAGUGCGCAUAGGAGGUAAGGGCACAGCCCGUCGUAAGAAGAAGGUUAUGCACCAGACUGCCACUACGGAUGAUAAAAAAUUGCAGAGUUCUUUAAAAAAGCUAUCCGUCAGCACCAUACCGGGAAUUGAGGAAGUGAACAUAAUCAAAGACGAUCUAACCGUCAUUCAUUUUAAUAAUCCAAAAGCGCAAGCAUCUCUCUCUGCAAAUACUUUUGCGGUGACUGGACAUGGAGAGACAAAGAAAAUUGUAGAAAUGUUGCCGGAGAUAUUGCCGCAGCUGGGUCAAGAGACUGUGGUGCAGCUGCGCAUGUUCGCUAAUUCAAUGGCGGGUACGAAGAAACCGGCGGGGACUAUAGGCGGCAGUGAUGCGACCGCGAGUACAAAUAUGCUUUAUAGUGUUGUAGAAGAAGACGAUGUACCGAUGUUAGUGAGCGAUUUCGAUGAGGUGGCUAAAAUGGAGGCGAUGAAAGUGGGAGAGGCAGCAACAACUAAUAGCGAACAACCGGCAACUGAAAGUGCCCUAACCGCAAAGAGUGCCGAAACCAAAGCAGAACCGGCUGAGGUGUUGCCACCCUUAUCAGAAGUUAAGAGUAAUGAAAAAGGAAAUGAUGUUAAACCGUUGGAAAUUUUGAAUUUAAAUGUGAAAUCAAAUGAGACGGAACUUCAAAACGAAACUGAAAAGUCUGUUAAAAAACAGGAAAUAAAUACUGAAAAAGAAAACUUAAAUCAAACUGAGAAGAAAAACGCUAAGUCAACAAAUGAUGUAGGAAAAACUAAAGAAAAACAACAACAACAGAAAUCUCAACAAAAACAGGAACCAUCAAAGCAAAAGGUUAAGUCUGAGGGUAAGGCCCACAAAGUUUCAAAAGACAAUAAGAAACUUGAUGAUAUUGCACUAAAAGCAACAACUUUAAAGGCAGGUGGAAACAGCGAAGUUGAAGAAACUGGUAGAGAUGGUGUUGUAAAUGAUCCCGCUGUUAUUGAAUUAGAAAAGUCGGAACAAGUUACUGAAAUAUCAACGAAUUUGAAAGGUAAUAAGGAUAAUCAGCAGACAAAACAAAUACAACAAAAGCAACAGCAAAAAUCGGCGAAACAAGAACUACCAGCUACGCCUAAAAAGAAGGAAAAACAACGAGGACCAUUAGUCGAUAAGCAGGAGAAGAAUGAGGAGCAAAACUUAAAUACCCAACUAAAAGAAGAAGGUAUAAAAGAAGCUGCAAAUAAAAAUGUUGAAAAGCGGGAUGAGCUCCAACAGAUGGAAACGAGUCCAGACCCAAUAGGAGAAGAUGGUCAACAAGCGAAGAUUGAGCAAAAUCUGGAUGAUCAGAAACAGAUACAAAAAUCUCGUCAGCAGGCACAGCAAAAGAAUGAGUCGCCAGUAAAGCAAAAAAAUAAACAGACUCAGCUAAAACAACAAAACCAAGAUAACCAAAAUCAACCGGAUGUGGAAAAAGGAUCUAAAAAUUCGGAAACUUUUCCCAAAUCAGCUAAGCAGGACGAAAAACAACAAAUAAUAAAUACGUCCAAAGAAAGCUCAGCUGAUAAGAAUGUUGAAACAAAAACGACUAGCAACGAAAAAGAAUCUGAAGACACGCAACGAAAUCUAAAAGAAGCGUCACCAAAUCAGAAUAAAAUAGAGACUCAAAUUAAAAGCUCACAACAAGGGAAUGAUGCGGAAAAAGUAUUAAAAACAGCAGAAUCUCUUCCAAAAUCAGAUAAACAGGACAAUAAAAAGCAACAGAAAUCAGAUUCUGUACCUAAGGUUAAUAAAGAGCAAUUAGCUCUCAAAGAUCAGCAAGAAUCUGUAAAAGAAGAUGUAGAUAAGCAAAAAAUGGAAAGUGAACUUGUUGAAACCCCCAACAAAGAUAAUACAUCAUCUAUAGAAAGCGAAAAGCAAGUUAAAACAGACACCCCACCAGUAGAUGUAUCCAUCAAAACUGUGGCUUUACAAUCUCUAGAAUCUAGCGAGAAAGUGAUGCAGAUUGUAAAUGAAAUGACGAAAGAUCUUAUGAUCGAAAACUUAAAUAAAUUGCCGGAGGAAACUAUUAAACAAGGACCCCAACCUGAGCUUCCAUCUGAUCAACAGCAAGCCGCAACAAUAGCGGUUCCAUCCGCGCUAGCUGAUGAACUACCACUUAAAAGCACAUCUGUGGUAGAAUCCCUGAAUACCGAUAAUCAAAAAUCACCAAGUCCAUUGCCGAAAGCAAGCACGGAAAUUGUUCAAGCUCUCGAUGGCAAUGUAGAUUCAUUAAAUAAAGAGUCGGAAGGAAGUGUUGCAGAUAGUUCAUCGAUCAUGGAUCAAAUUCUUCCGAAAGUAAGCGAAGACAAUGAUAAAAGUCUGGGAGUAGAGGAACAAAUCUCUCAAGAGCAAGUGCUCCAAUCUCAGAAUAAAGCUACGCCUCCAGGUGAACAAUUGGAUAAACAGCUAUCAAUGGCUGAGAUAGUACAGGCACUGCCACCAACAAUACCCUUGUCCACAGCGCAAAUACCUGCCAAAAAUGAGGUGAAUAAUGACAAAAUCAUUACAGUAGAUCCGGCUCACAAACAGCCAACAAUGGCCGAAAUACUACAGUCUCAACCACCGACAAUGCAACCGGCCGCUGUUUUAUCCUUACCAAGCACUCCCAUAGCUGGCGAAUUGAAAAAUAUUCAGAUAUCUCAGUUAUUAAAUAAAGAGGAUAUAAAAGAAUUGCAAGUAGAUACAAAGGUUGCCGCAGAUGGGACGAAUUUGAGCCAAUCACAAGAUAAAAUGGGCAUAUCUUCCGAACUAGCAACACCAUCGACGGACAAUGUAACAGUGCAGUGUCAAAUUAGUGAAGAAAAAUCGGCGCUCAUGUCAGUAAGUCCCAAACAAAAGGCAUCACCCCCAAAGCAGGCUAUAAAUGCUAAGAAUUCGAGCGAAACUACGAAACAACAGACAAAGCCAUCCACAACAGGCGACUCGCAGAAGGUAACAGGUGAUGCUAAGUUAAAAUUGGUAACGAAGCCGCAAACUGGACAACAGCCUCAACAACAACAAACAUCAAGAGCCAAAUCGAAGCCAACGAACAGUAACAAAUCUACACCAACGACGCCAACAACACCAACAACUCCGAUAAAGAUGUCACCCGAUAAAGGAACAACAGAUAAACAGAAGCCAGCAAUUCCCGCUACAAAAGCGGCUCCUGAUACAUCAGCUAGAAAGUCAAAUUCUCCUCAAAAACAACAACAAGCUGAUACAUCAUCAAAAUCGAAGCCAACACCGGGAGCCAUCAGUGGAAAAUCUGUACGACCUAAUACUGGUAAUUCUGGCACAACACCGCCUGGUAGUGCUAAGAAGGCAAAUACACAUCCAGCAGCAAGUAAAGCAAGUGCAAACACUGGCGUAAAGCAGCAAGAUUUAACCAAGAAAACCGGUACACCAGCAAAAGCAGAACAACCCACUAAAUCAGCACCAACAACCGGUACCACACCAACAACGCCACCAACAAUUGAAAACACUGCUACAUCGAAUCAGCCAUCCACUUCGAAUUGAACAGCUCUCGCCUAAUACGAUGAGAAGUUUUAGUUGAGUUUAAUUACGUUGCAUUGUUCUUACUUUCAUUCAUGCUUGUAUGUACUACUCUCAAUGAAUAUUUUAACUUGCUAUUGCAUUUGCAUUUUGUUAAUUUCUACUUGUUCAAAAUAUUGUCCCUCAAUUGUCAGGUCAGAUGGUUCGUGCAUCGAUCAUUAAUUCUUUAUUCAUUCUUACAAAUUAUUUCAACAUAUUUCACUAAUCUGCUCUCAUUGAUGCCACUAUAUCAUAUACAUACAUAAUUUUCAUACUAAUAUGUUAAUGCUAACACAUUUUUUCAUUACUAACCGCGUUUUAAAGUUAGCGUUUCUAAAAAAAAUAAAAUAAAAUGUUUCAGUAUAUAUGCAGUGCAAUAAGGACAUCGAUGGAUUUCCUGUAUAUUCGAUAAUUUGACAUCAGUUUAGAUUUAUGAUUGGUUAUUUAUGCUUUGCUUUGCUUCUAAGCAUUGAAAAUAACAAAUAAUGUACUUCUAAAUUUAUAACGGAAAAAUAAAUUAUAUUACUGAAACUAAUUGUACAGUUUUUGACUAUAAAUUACAAGUUCCGCAGAGGUUGAUUAUCACGAAAUGAGAAGAUUUCAACAGUAUUUAAAAGAUAUUGCUUCUUAGCGACUAUUUCUGUGUAAGUUCAAAAAUCAUCGUUGCUAGCAAAAGUAAUAACGGUUUAAAGUCACGACCAACUACAUGCAUAUCUACAAAUUUACACAAUAAUAUACAAUGUAAUAUAAUAACUGUUUAUUUACAACAAAACACUACCCUUUAUGAUAUAUGUACAUACAAGUUUCAACGUCUAAACUAUACCAAAAUAGAGGCACUUGUACGAAUGUGGAAUUUUGGACAAACACAUAACAGAAGAAAGACGAAAUGAGCAUAUGCUAAAAAAUUAAGUUUUUCUAUUUAUUUAUGUACAUUUCAAUAAUAUUUACCAGUUUAUCAACCGGCAAAAUGCUAUUGAUGAGGUUAUAGGCGAUAAGUCUAUGUAUGUACAUACAUAUGUAUGCAUAUACAUAUGUACGUAAGAAAUCAAAGCAAAUAAGGUGUGCCGAUGUUAGCGUGCUUAUUGAUAGACAUUCGCACGUAACGUUCUUCAUACAUAUGUAUAUACAUAUAUAUAUUAUAUAUGCUAUACAUAUGUAUGAAUGUAUGUAUACCGGUAUUUCUGUUUAUAAGCUACAAACGUUUACCAACUAAGUCAUAAUAGAAAGAGCGAGAAGCGAAAGUUUGCAAAAGUUUAUUGCCUGGAGGGAGAAGGCGGUGGGCUAGUAGAAAUAUCAGAACGACAACCCACCGAGUGAAGUAUGAAACCGACAGCUGAUAGUUUAGUUCAUUUCGGUGAUUCGUAGAGCAAAGCAGCAGCAUUGGCAAGCGUCUAAAGUUUAAAAACAUAAAAAGUGUCAAAUAAAAUAAAAUCGUAGAAAAAUGAGUGAUGCGCUAAAAAUCAUAAGUGCAGUUGUGCUCCCCAAUAUUGGUGGUGUCAUCAACGG